UUGGUAUCCUGUUUUUAAAGGAGAAGAAAUGCAGUACUGGGAGCUAGCUGAACACAUCAAUUAAACUAAUGACAAGAGGAAAACUACAGGGGGCAGAGAAGAGACACAGACGGAUAAUUCAAGGAAGGAAUUCCAAAAAUAUAUGGAGAGGAUAGAAAGCAACUUAUACUUUUACUGAGACCAGAUGGAGAGAGACCUGUUAAGAGGAAAACACUGCUGUUAGAUAGAGAAAGCUCUUUUGUAGAUCCCUAAGGAAAUUUGAAUACAUGAACAUCAAAAGAAGAUGCAGCAGACAACUAACUUUUGUAAUAUAUAUAUAUAUAUGUCUUCAGUCCAUGAGCUAAAAUCCUGGAACAGUUUAUGAACGUUUUAUCAUCUUAACAAAUGUCAUGGACUGCCUGCUAUUCCUGGUGAUAGAAUCCUGCUGCUUGUUAGAAAAGAAAGCUGAAGAUUUGCUAUAAGUAGCAAAUAUAAAUUGAAGCCUCUGACUGCUGAGUUCACUUUCAAUAUUUUAUGUAACAUUUUAUGUGAAAGAAUUGGAUACUAAUGUAUUGAUCAGAAGAAGAAACGUUUAACUGCAAUUUAAGGAUCCUACUUGUAAAUUUUUGAAGAGUGAUGUUACUCUAAGAUAUAAUGAUGAUGGUAAUAGGAAGAAGGCAGAAGUGUUUCCUGGGCUUGUUUAUAAGUUUCUGGUUUGCAGCUCUUCCCAACAGCAGCAAAGCCUGUCCCAAACCAUGUGCAUGCUAUGUCUCAACAGAAGUCCACUGUACCUUCAGGUAUCUUACAGUCAUCCCCAGGCAGAUCCAAGCAGAUGUGGAACGCAUUAAUUUAGGGUACAACAGUUUAAAUAAGCUUGGGGAAAAUGAUUUAUCUGGGUUAAGAAGGCUAGAAUUGCUGAUGUUACAUAGUAAUGAAAUCCAGACCAUUCAUGAAAAUGCUUUUAAGGACUUAUCUUCUUUGCAGGUAUUAAAAAUGAGUUACAAUAAAGUAAAAACUCUGCAUAAGAACACUUUUCACAGCCUCAAAAAUAUGGUCAGAUUACAUAUGGAUCACAAUAAGUUGGAAUUUUUGAAUCCUGAAUCAUUUUAUGGACUUACAUCAUUAAAACUGGUGCACCUAGAAGGAAAUCUUCUUAGACAGCUUCACACAGAUACUUUUGUUACCUUGAGGUAUAUACAGAUAUUUAAAACAUCAUCUAUAAAGCACAUCUAUCUAUCAGAUAAUCAGCUUUCUUCGCUACCUAAGGAAAUGUUUUUGUAUUUGACUGAGUUAGAAGGAAUUUAUCUCCAUGGGAAUCCAUGGUCCUGUGAAUGUAACUUACAAUGGCUUACAGAAUUGCCUCAACAAUCUCGAGAUAUGAUAAAAUGCAAGCGAGAUCGUGCUGGUAUCCAAUGUCCAAUGUGUGCUGCUCCUAGAAAAAAUAAGGGCAAGUCAUUAACUGAAAUGUUAUCUGAUCAAUUAGCAUGUGAAAAACCAACUAUAGAAAACAUCUUUAAGAAUAAAAAUGUUACAAAUGCAGAAGAAGGAGGUUUUACUGCUAUAUCAUCAAGAGAUUUUGUCGCUCCUAUUGGCUCUCUAAUAUUAAACAUGACAGACCAAGCUGGGAAUGAAGCAAACUUGGAUUGCAUUGUUCAAAGACCAACAAAAAUGUCACCAGUAACUUUAGAUACAAAAACUGAAUACACUAUAAUGAGGACUACAUUCUCAUCAUUUCUAGUUUGCAACCUUGACUAUGACUAUAUACAAAAGUUAUGGGGUAUAUUGGCUAUGUACAGUGAUUCUCCAAUGAAACUCAAGCGAGAUCUAUUGCUCACAAAAACACCUUACAUCAGUUACAAAUACAAGCAAUUUAUAUCUGAUGAUGAGGUAUUUACAGAUAUUGAAGCAGAGCUAAGGACUGAGCCAAGUUGGUUAAUGCAAGACGUAAUGACAUUACAGUUAGACAGGACAGCAACAACACUUAACUUGCUACAUAUUAAAUAUUUAGUAGAUGUAUAUGUUACUAUACCAAAUGUUGUUGAAUGGCCUCUAAAAAACAACUGGGUAAUGAUUAUGAAAACUAACCAAACAAAAACAGAAUAUUCUGCAGUUAUUGGAGGUACUAUAGAAAUGGAUUGCCAUGUCAUGGGGGAGCCAGCUCCUGCUAUUGAGUGGGUUCUUCCUGAUGGAAGUAAAAUUAAAGCUCCAUAUAUAAGUGAAGAGGGAAGGAUAACAAUUACAAGCAAUGGAAAAUUUAUACUGAAGGCAGCAGACCGUUUUGACACCGGAAUUUAUCAUUGUAUUGGCACAAAUUACAUUGAUGCUGAUGCCAUUUCUUUCAGAAUUACAGUGGUUAGUGCUGAUGUGGUAGAAGAUGAUGUUAAUGGUGCUGAAUUUUCAGUCACAAAUGGAGAGGUCCUUUAUCUUCCAUGUGGGUCAAAUGGUAUACCGGAUGCAUCUGUGAGCUGGAUUUUGCCAGACCACUCAGUGAUACAGAAGACAUUAAAAAACAAACAAAUUUUCACAAAUGGGACAUUAAAAUUGGAAUAUAUAACUUCAAGCGAUAGUGGUCACUUUCGAUGUAUAGCAGCUAACCGAUUUGGUCUUGACAUCUUGAUAUUCAAAGUUUUGGUUAAAGAAAAAACGGUUAAAAUAUUAGACAAAAAAAGCUUACUAGAUCAUCAUGAAGGUGAAAAUCAGGAAGGCUCUGGGACUGAAAAAGAAAUGGAAGAAGACAGCAAAUAUUCAGCCACAGGAAAGGCAAUAGAACAUAAAAAAAUCCCAAUAAGAAACAAAUAUCAUGGCAUAUCUCCUAAACAUUAUGGCAAAUUUCAAGGAAGAAAUAAAGUAAACAAACGAAUAAGAGGACAUAGAAGACAGUUUAAACAGAAUACAAGGAUUGAUCCUCAACGAUGGACAGAAAUUUUAGAAAAAACAAAACAGAAUAUAAAUACACAAACGCAAGAAAUUGAAAGUUCUGUUAAAGUGGAAAAUGAUGAAGGGAGGGUUUCUGGUGAGGUUGAAGAACCAUCAGGUGAAGGGCUGCUUCCUGUGGAUGAACCAUUUUUGAUCUUAACAACUAAAUAUCCAACUUUAAAAACACAAACUGACUUUACCACGGCAAAUUAUAUCAAUAAUUUUGAUUCCCCCUCUGUUUGGACUACAAAGACAUAUGGAAGAGAAAAAGAAAGUGUUCUGAUGGAAAAUAAAGAAAUGUUUACAAAUUCUCCAAAAACGUCAACUUUGUCAGACAAUAUCAUGAAGACAAGUAAACCUUAUUUUGACACAGAUACCCAGUCAACAACCCUAGAUAUCAGUUUUCAACCAACUACACACAGUUUUUUGAAAAGCAAACCAAUUGAAGUAAUUACAACACCACCAACUCUUUCAGAAGCAAGCCAUGUAACAACAAACUCCAUAUUACCUUCUACUCCAAAUCUCCUGUAUGUAAAACCUAAAGAUGUUAUAAAUGACUUAACCACAAUUCAUUCUUUAACUAUAGUACCUCCUAAUAACAUUAAUAAUCCACCAACUACAAAUAAUUAUUUAUCUACCAUACCAGAAGAUAUAACUAUUCCAUCUACAACUUCAAGUUAUAGUCAGGAUACUUCUCCACCGAGUAUCUCAGAACCACUUACCAUUUCAGACACCAUGCAAGUUACAUCUCAUGAAAUUUUUCAGAUACAAAGUACUACAUCAAGUGAUUUGAAUAUUUCUUCCCAAGAAGUGUUAACUAACCCCCAAUUUGAAUUUAGUAAGUUCACUACUUUGCCUCAAAAUGCCAUUAACCCAACAACUACAUCAACUGCCUUAUCUAUUACACCAGAAAUUUCAUUUUCAGAUCAGCCAACAACAUCAUCACAUUUGAAUAUGGCAUCUCAAAACUUUGUAAGCAAGCACCUCAUUCAAUCAUAUGAUAUGUUUAGUUCAUCUGAAGAUCUUACAUUCAGAAAUCCAACUACUUACAGUCCAUUAAAUGUUACAGUAAAAGAAAUUCUAACCAAAGCACCUGUAAAACCAGAAGACAGAACUACUAAUACACCAACAGACCCCAACCAGUUUUUAAGAGCUGACAUGUUAAAGUCAAAAACUUAUAUUAAUACACAAAAUAGUGUAACAAGUCAACCAAAUAUAUUUUCUACUUCACCAUUCUCCACUAGCAGUUAUGUGCUUAGAAUUCCCCAAACAGAUUUUGUUCAACCUUUAACUAAGAGUCAAUCAGCAACUACACCUAAGCAUAUUACAGUGGAUGAUAAACAUUUUUUCCAAUCCCAGAAUCAAAAGAAUCUCAAUACAAUGGUCCCUGGUUUCUCAGAAACCAGUGAAGAGGUGGAAAAUACAAACAUUAUUGCUACUGAUUCUUCAACUAAAUCAAGUGCAAAAAUACUUAUAUCACAGACAGAGAUAGGUCCAAUUUAUUUUCACAGUACUCAAAAAAUAAUUUCACCUCAAUUGCCUGCAGGUUCUACAAUUAUUACUCAUCAGCACAUCCAAAUAUUAAAAGAUGUUACCCCAUUUAUGCCAACUAUAAGGCGUUAUGGACGGAGAAGAAUUUCAGGCAGAAGAAGAAUUAUAAGGCCAAACCGAAUUCCAAAUAUUAGAGAUCACAGAUUUAAAUUUGUAAAGACAGAUGUAAGAGAAAAAGACCAAGCUAUCACAACACAGGCAAGAAUUUCCAGUAAGCAAAUAUUACAUAGUACAUCUCCUCCUACAACUACAUCCAUUCCCCUUUUAAAUGAACACACCACAUAUAUUUCUCGACAGACUACAUAUCCAAAAUGGAGCACUACUCAACAGUCUAAAACAAUAUAUGAUAUUGAUAAUACCACUGUAAGCAGCUAUAUUUCAUCUACACAGCAUAGUACUCAAAACAUACUUAAAAUUAAAACAGAACACAUAUCCAUUUUAAAUACAAGUCUUCAAGCAAGUACUUUUGAGAAGAUAAAUACCACUGCACAAAUUCCAAUAACAACCUUACUACCUGAUAGAGAAGAGGAAAAAUACUCAUUCUCUACAUCUGCACCCCCUACAACAAAGCCUAGAACUGCUUCCAAAAUAUUAAGAAGGAAAAUUCCUUGGCACAGAAUAUUUGGAAGUAAUCAGAUCCUUCAAAGAGAGAUACUAAGGAAGCUUAGAAAAACUACUUCACCCACACCAGCAAUUUCUAGCAGUAUACCUACAACAAGUAUUCCUUCAAAAAUUACCAAACCCUCUACAUCUCUACUGACCCACACUGAAAUGCCUAAUGAAACCAGCACAGAACCAACUACUCCACUUGUAAUUACUGAGAGCAUGCUAAGAUCAACUGUUUAUUUAGCAGAUAUAAUUAAUCAGACCGUAUCUAUGGAAGAUAUAACUAUUUUACCUAGCAAAGACUUAUCCAGUACUGCAACUCCAAUGUCAUUUAUUUCUACAGACAUGGCAGUAAAACAAAAACAAUUAAAAAGAAAAAGACUACGUAAUAAGAAUGUGUUUCCUACAUCUGUAUUUUUGAAUAAGAUGUCAUCAAUAAACAACACAUCAACUGUUGCUCAAUCUAACAUAAAGAUCUUUAAUUAUAUGACAACUAUAGCCAGUCCAGCACAGAGCACCAUGUCACACACAAUUUCCGAGGUUCCUAAUCUUUUGACUGAGAAAGUAACAAAAAAACAAACAGUACUCCAGACUACUGCAAAUAAUAUCCUAUUGCCCACAAAAAAAGAUAAUGUAUUGGUUAAAACAACAAAUACAGCAAAAAAAUCCUCACAACCAAUAAAUGAGAUGAAAAGCAUUCCUAAACAAUAUACAUAUUCAGAAUCAAUGGACAAGACAUAUAUCACUACUACUGGCCCAACAAUUACUAAAGAAUCUAAUUUUAAAGAAAGAAUCACAGAAAAACAUCACACUAUAAAAACUACACCAUCUUAUACAUCAGAUAUAUUUACAAGUUCUCCAGCUUUAACCAAAUACAGAGAGGUAAAUUUCCCUCCCGCUCUGACCACAAGAUCAACUAAACUAAAUUCUGUAAAUGUUGAGAAAAUGUUUGUCCCUAAUUUAAAAAACAAGAAUAAAACCAAAACAUUAGGUGUGACAGAAAAAAGUAUAACAACAACUGGUCUUUCCGAUGUAAAAUCGCAGUUACAUAAUAUGCACUCAAAACCUAGAAUUGUUGGAGGAAAAGCUGCCAGUUUUACAGUUUUGGCUAAUUCUGAUGCUUUUAUUCCAUGCAAUGCUAUUGGAACUCCAUCUCCAACAAUACUCUGGACAAAAGUCUCAUCAGGAACAUUUUUAUCUAAAGUCAGACGAGGAAACAAAAUGGAAGUCUUUAUUAAUGGAACCCUCUCUAUUCCAAGUGUAAGCCUAGAGGAUAGGGGACAAUAUCUGUGUGUGGCCUCAAACCAACAUGGCUCUGACCGGUUGCUUGUUACACUUUCUGUCAUAACAUACCCACCAAGGAUACUACAGGGAAGAUAUAAAGAGAUUACAGUGCACUCAGGGAGUUCUGUUAAUGUAAAAUGCCAGGCUGAGGGUCGACCUUUCCCUACCAUUACCUGGAUAUUGGCUAAUAAUGGCACCAUUGCAUCUGAAACUACAGUGAACAACCUUCGUGUUUUUAUGCAGUCAAAUGGCACGCUCACAAUCAAAAGUACAACAAUAUAUGAUCGUGGGAUUUACAAAUGUAUAGCAACCAAUCAAGCUGGAGAUGAUACCCUUACAGUAAAGAUACAAGUAAUUGCUGCACCUCCAUUUAUUGUGGAGGAGAAAAGAGAAACUCUUCAUGCUACACCAGGGCAGAAUCUAAAAAUCCCUUGCACAGUGAAGGGAAACCCUCAUCCCAGCAUUUACUGGGUAGCUUUUGAUGGGACAAAAGUGAAACCUUUGCAUUAUGUAAAUGCAAAACUUUUCCUAUUUUCUAAUGGGACACUUUUUAUCAGAAAUGUGGCCUCUUCUGACAGUGGACAUUAUGAGUGCAUUGCUACCAGUUCUACCGGAUCUGAAAGGAGAGUUGUUAAUCUCGUUGUGCAAAGCAGUGAUACGAUUCCAAAAAUAAUUAAUGCCUCUCCAAAGACUACAGAGAUGAGUUUUGGAGGUAAACUAAUGCUAAACUGCACUGCAACAGGAGAACCAAAACCAAGAAUACUAUGGAGGCUACCGUCAAAAGCAGUAGUAGAUCAGUGGCACAGAAUGGGAAGCCGAAUUCAAGUAUAUCCAAAUGGUUCCCUUGUUGUUGAAUCAGUGAAUGAGAAAGAUGCAGGCGAUUAUUUGUGUGUAGCAAGAAAUAAAAUGGGAGAUGACCUGAUAUUGAUGAAAGUGAGUGUGACAAUGAAACCUGCCAAAAUCAUUCAAAAACACCAGCUUAUAAAAGAAGUUCCUUAUGGAAAAGAAUUUAAGGUAGACUGCAAAGUCUCUGGAUCGCCAAUACCAGAAGUAUCCUGGAGCUUGCCAGAUGGCACUUUGAUAAAUAAUGUACUCCAAGCUGAUGACAGUGGUAGACGGAAACGAAGAUACAUUCUUUUUGAUAAUGGAACUUUAUAUCUUAAUAAAGUAGGUAUAAAUGAAGGAGGAGAUUAUAUAUGUUAUGCUGAAAAUACCUUGGGUAAAGAUGAAAUGAAAGUGCACAUCACAGUAGUGACAGCAGCUCCACGCAUUACCCUAAAUCAAAAGACACAUUUUAAAGCAAGAGCUGGACAAACAGCUGUUUUAGACUGUGAAGCUAAUGGAGAACCCAAACCUAAAAUGUUUUGGUUACUUCCAUCAAGUGAUAUGAUUGCAACUUCUCAUGAAAGAUAUGUUUUACAUGAUAAUGGGUCCCUGUCAGUAAGUCAAGUUAAAUUGCUGGAUGCUGGAGAAUACAUGUGUGUGGCUCGUAAUCCUGCAGGCGAUGACACCAAGCUACUAAAGUUGGAAGUUCUAUCAAAUCCACCACUUAUAAAUGGAUUGUACUCAAAUAGAACAGUAAUUACAGACACAGCUAUAAAACACUCUAGAAAACUCAUUAACUGCAAAGCAGAAGGAUCACCACCACUUCAAGUCAUGUGGAUUAUGCCAGAUAACAUUUACUUGACGGCACCAUAUCAUGGAAGUAGAAUAAUUGUGCAUAUGAAUGGAACAUUGGAAAUCAGAAAUGUAAGACCUUCAGAUACAGCUGAAUUCACUUGUGUUGCUCGUAAUGAUGGAGGGGAAAGCAUGUUAGUUGUGCAGCUUGAAGUCAUUGAUAUGCUUAGAAGGCCAAUGUUUAAGAAUCCAUUUAAUGAGAAAAUAAUAGCUAAACCAGGAAAAAUGGCCAUACUAAAUUGUUUUGCAGAUGGGAAUCCUGCUCCAGAAAUAUUAUGGCUCUUGCCAAAUGGGACACGGUUUUUAAAUGGACAGAAGUAUUCUAAAUAUCAUACAGGAAGCAAUGGUACUUUUAUUAUUUAUAGUCCAACAAAAGAUGAUGCAGGAAAAUACAGAUGUGCAGCGAGGAACAAGGUUGGUUACAUUGAGAAGCUCAUUAUUUUGGAGGUUGGCCAGAAACCUACAAUUCUUACACAUCCAAGAGGGCCAAUAAAGAGUAUUAUUGGGGAAACACUUGCCCUACAUUGUCUUUCUGAUGGAAUACCCAGGCCCAGAGUAAUCUGGACCCUUCCAAGUGGCUAUAUGAUAGACAGGCCUCACGUCAAUGGAAAAUAUAUGCUGUUUGAAAAUGGUACCUUAGUCGUUCAAGACACAACCAUCCAUGAUAGAGGAAACUAUCUUUGUAAAGUUAUGAACAAUGCAGGGGAGGCAGCAAUUAGUGUGCCUGUUAUGAUUGUAGCAUAUCCUCCAAGGAUUACAAAUAAACCUCCACAGAGCCUACAUACAAGAGUCGGCUCCGCUGUACAUCUCAACUGCAUGGCCAUAGGGAUACCAAAGCCAGAGAUCAGCUGGGAGUUACCAGACCUCUCUGUAUUAUCAACGGCUAGUAAAGGUCGUCCCACAGGAACUGAGCUUCUUCAUCCGCAAGGCACAUUAGUUGUUCAGAAUCCACAAAGUUCUGAUUCCGGAAUGUACAAAUGCAUAGCAAAAAAUUCUCUUGGUACUGAUACUAGCACAACAUAUUUGAGAGUAAUUUGAUAAACUGAAGAACAAAUAAAGACUUCUUAAUGAACAAAAUAAAAAUAUGGAUUUAGCUGAUUUUUUUAAAAAUAGGUUUAAUAUGGAACAGCUUUUAUACUAUCCAGAUUUUUGACAUGUUUUAAAAAGAUAAAGACUUACAAUACAAUGCUGAUGCAAGAGGCUCUGAAAAAGGACAGACUUCAUUAAAACUAUCAUUUUAAGCAUCUGCAAAAAAAUUGAGAAUUGAUAGCCAAGGCACUUUUUUUUACCCCUUUUACCAAAUAAAAAAAAAAUAAAAAAACUGUGAAAAUAGAGAAUUACACUAUAUCAAAGAGUAUAUUCAAAUGUUGAUGAUGGACAAUCUGCGCUCCCACUUACCAAGUGUAUUUUAUUUACAGCUCAUGUUACCUUAAUGGCAUAAUCUGUUAAUAAGAGGGCACAUCAAAUAUUUAUAAAACAAUUUAAUAUCUAGGAGUGGUUGUUUACUUUUUGCAUAUCUUUCUUGAUGUAUGUACAGUACUUUACACUUGCUAUAAAAAGCAAUAGUAAUAACAGAUAUUGUAACAAUAUAAAUAUCUAUUAUUUACAUUGGUUAUUUUGUAAUUUUGAAACAGAAAAUGCAAAGUAUUUUAUAUACAUAUUGUAACAAUGGCAGCUCCAAAAUAGUCCAGGUAUUUGUGUCUGUUUGUGCCCAUUACAUAUCAGAGACAACAAGCUUUCUGAAAUCAUGUUUCUAAAAUCUGAAACUUUUACUUUGUUCAAACAACCAUGUUGGUUUUUACUCAAAUGGAAAUUUUUUUUUUUUUAUAAAUAUUUUAUUAAUAUAUAUUGAUCCAAGGGUAGAAUGUUUGGAAUAAAUUCCAGAUACAUCUCAGUUUACCUGUGUUUUGAAGGCUGAAUUUGACACAGUCAACAUUUAAGGAGCUUUUCUAUUGCAUAAUAGUGUUUAAAAGAGAAUAAUAUUAGAUAAAAAUACACUUGAUGUUGGUAUCAUAUCUAUAAACAAUCUCAGGACAUGGUAUUGCUAAAUAUCAUAGACGUAAACAGACACAUUAUGGAUAUGCUAUAUUUACAUUAAAACAAAUAUUAAACUUAAAUAUAACAUUUGCAACAUUUAAUUAAAAAAGAAAAGAAAAAAGAAAUCUUGCAAUUCUUCACUCAGUUGUCUGUCUACAAAAUGGACCUGUGCAGAAUCAUUUAAUAGUAUAUGCAUCCUGUAAAACGCUAUAUUAAGAGGAUCCAGGACUUUUUAUAACAUCAGUUACAAAGUCACUUAUAUUUACCUAAAGAAAAACUAACAUGUCAGUGUUAAAAAUAGCAGUAGCAACUUCACAGCUAAAUGCAACCAGCCCAUACCAACAUACUAACCACCUGUCAAUGCAUCAUCAUCAAUAGCCUAUUACCAUAGUACUUUUUAAUGUAAUUAUUAUAAAUGUUAUUUUAUUUACAUUUAAAUGGAUAUUAAAAAUAAAAACACCUUUUUUUUUACAGCAGAUGAAGAAUAAAAUUGAUAUUCCACAGAAAA